CCAGUCCCGGCUCCCAGUCUAAGACCCGUCGGGGCCAUGGACGGUCUGUGCCGGCGCUGCGAGCAGCUUCUGGAACAGAAGAACGUGGUCACCGAGGCGCUCAGAGCGCUCGAAGCCAAGAUCGGUGUCGACAAGCGGUUCCUGGCCGCGGGAGCCGUCACUCUGGUAAGCCUGUAUCUUCUGUUCGGCUACGGGGCGUCUCUGCUGUGCAAUGUCAUCGGCUUUGUAUACCCCGCAUAUGCUUCAAUCAAAGCCAUCGAGAGCCCCGACAAAGAGGACGACACUGUGUGGCUCACCUACUGGGUGGUGUACGGCCUGUUCGGCCUGGCCGAGUUCUUCAGCGAUCUACUCCUGUCCUGGUUCCCUUUCUACUACGCGGGCAAGUGCGCCUUCCUGUUGUUCUGCAUGAUCCCCGGGCAGUGGAACGGGGCCCACGUGCUGUACCAGCGCGUCGUCCGGCCGCUCUUCCUAAAGCAUCACGGGGCGGUGGACAGCGUCGCGAGCGAGCUCUGCGGGCAAGCGCUGGAUCUGGCGGCCGGAGUAACCAGGGACGCCAAAACAAGCACGACCCAGCUCCAGAAGGACAAGUGAAGGCACUGCCCAACUCCAGCGCCAACCUGCAAACU